AUGAUUGAAUUCAACCGUGUCGCUGGGAUGGUCUGGAUCGGGCGUCCGCUCGUCUUCCUGCGAGGAAUCACCGCCAUUUGCUUGCUUUCGACCUCGAAACUCGACAUGGUUCUGUCCUCGAAUUCGGUGGUCACGCACAUGGUGUCUCCGCCUCGAUUUUGGGUCACCACGUUCAUGUCGUGCGGCGAAAUGGCGUGGCUCGUCUACAUCAUCAAUGACGUGUUUUCACCCCUGACCAAGCAGUUUACGUACUCGUACUCGUACAAGAGUUCGAACCUGGUGUGGCUGACCACAUUCGUUUGGAGCAUGGUAUCGCCUCCCGAGCACAGCAUCACGAUCAAUCGAGAGUGCUCGAUCGACAUUGUGGACUUCCAACUCGUGUGUCGCAGUGGUGUGCUCGAAAUUGGCAGUGUGACUCGCUUCGGGGGCCUCAUUGGCCUCGCGUUUGGCUGUUGCUUGCUCUGUUAUGUUCUCGAACGGGUGAUGUACCCGCGACUACAGUUUCGCCUUUCCACCCACUCGCUCAUGCUACACGCUGCCGCGCGAAACAAUUUUGAAUUUGACCGAUGGACGCAUCGACACGUAAACUACCUGGACAAAGCAUCCGCCGUGCUCAACGGUCUCCUCAGCGUCCAAGUUGGCCACAUUAUUUGCAUAUUCGACGUCAAAACAUGGAGGCUGUAUGACGUUGACGUGUCUAUUGACUACCACAAUGCUCUGAAAUACCAAGAGGAUGCCCAUCACUGGUACCUCCAUCGGGCAAUUCCUCUCGCGGAAUAG